AAGGCUGCAGCUGCCUCCCUGACCCAGGAGCUCUGGGUUAGGCAGAGAACUAAUGCUCUAGGAAAGAGGAAGCCAAGCCAAGUCCUGAUCCUCAUCGAUUGGGGUGCAGAGUCAAGGAGCCAGCUGCAUGCACCAGGAGCUCCGGCUGCUCCUGGGGCAACUUCCUUCUUGAGCAGGUGGACCAGCACAGCAGGUGGGGACCUGGAGUCUCAGUGGGCUCUGGGGCUGAAUGCCCUGAAGUAUCCCAAGGAGAUCCCUGUUUGCCCAGCCAGCCCAGUGCAUCGCCCUCCUCCGCAUCAGAACCAGCCCGGACGCUGCUAUGGGCUUUGUGCUCCGGCUGCUCAUCUUCGCCUCCAUCCUUCCCUCAGGCCAGCCCUCGUGGGGCGUCUCCAGUCCGGGAGAUGUGCAGGGUGUGAAAGGAUCCUGCCUGCUCAUCCCCUGCACCUUCAGCUUCCCUGCCAGCGUGGAGGUGUCCGACGGCAUCACUGCUAUCUGGUAUUAUGACUACUCAAACACUCGGCAGGUGGUGAGUCACUCAGCCACACCCAAUCUGGUGGAGUCUCGAUUUCGUGGCCAUGCGCAGCUGCUCGGAGAUGUGACUCACAAAACAUGCAGCUUGCUACUGAGCGACCUGCAGUCCAAGGAUGCCGGUGCCUACAAUUUCCGCUUCGAGAUCAGUGAGGGCAACCGUUGGUCGGAUGUCAAAGGCACCUCGGUCACCGUGACAGAGGAGCCCCAGGCACCCACCAUCACCUCCCCCAAGAAGCUGCUCGAGGGCACAGGGGUGACCUUCAACUGUUCCACGCCCUACGUGUGUCCGCAGAAGCCAGUCAGCCUGCAGUGGCAGGGCCAGGACCCCACUCGCUCUGUCAUCUCCAGCGUCCAGAAACUUGACCCCACAGAUGGAACCAGCCACACGGAGACCCUUCACAUAGUCCCGUCCUGGCAAGACCAUGGUCGGACCCUGUUCUGUCAGCUCUCAGUGGCCAACCACAGGCAUCAGAGCCAGGUCAACCUCCAUGUGCAGUAUGCCCCCAAGGGCGUGAAGAUCCUCCUCCACCCUUCCGGCCAGAACAUCCUUCCAGGGAGCCUGGUCACACUCACCUGUCAAGUGAACAGCAGCAACCCCACUGUCAGCUCCAUGCAGUGGUUCAAGGAUGGGGUACCCCUCGAAGUCGAUGGUCCCAUACUGCAGUUUUCUCAGGCAGCCUGGAAUGAUUCUGGGGUCUACACCUGCGAAGCCAGGAAUACAGUGGGCUCUUUGGCUUCACCACCCAUCAGUCUCCAUGUCUUCAUGGCCAAGGUCAAAGUGAGUCCAUCAGGUCUCAUCCUGGAGAACCAGCCGGUGAUGCUGGCCUGCGACACACCCAGGGAGGCGCCCAGUGAGCUUCGCUACAGCUGGUACAAGAACCAGGUCCUGCUGGAGAACGCCUACGCCCCCACCCUCCAGCUGCACUCAGUCACCAGGGCCGACACGGGCUUCUACUUCUGCGAGGUGCAGAAUGCCCAGGGCAGCGUGCGCUCUGUUCCCGUCAGCGUGCUGGUCAGCUACCCACCCCUCGCCCCGGACCUGAGUGCCUUCCUGGAGACACAGGCCAAACUCGUGGGCAUCCUCCAGUGCUCUGUGGUCAGUGAGCCCCUGGCCACGCUAGUGCUGUCCCACGGGGACCUCAUCCUGGCCUCCAGCUCAGGGGAGAGUGACUACAAUCCCCGCUUCACUGUGUCCUCUGCUCCCAACUCCCUGCGCCUGGAGAUUCGAGACCUGCAAGCAGCCGACAGUGGGACGUACACGUGCACAGCAGCCAACUUCCUUGGAAACUCGACCUCUACCCUGGACUUCCAGGCCAAUGCUGCCCGGCUCUUCAUCAGCCCAGCGGCCGAGGUGGUGGAAGGGCAGGCGGUGACCCUAAGCUGCAGGAGCAGCCUCAGCCUGGGGCCUGACACCCGCUUCUCCUGGUAUCUGAAUGGGGCCCUGCUCCUCGAGGGACCCAGCAGCAGCCUCCUGCUCCCCGCUGCCUCCAGCACCAAUGCCGGUUCUUACCACUGCCGCGCCCAGGAUGGCCACAGCACCAGCGGCCCCUCUGCGCCGGCCAUCCUCACUGUGCUCUAUCCCCCCCACCAGCCCACACUCACUGCCCGCCUGGAACUGGAUGCCACUGGAGCUGAGGCUGGUCGCCACGGUCUCCUACUGUGCCGUGUGGACAGCGACCCGCCUGCCCACCUACAGCUGUUCCACGGGGACCGCAUGGUGGCCACAACAUCUGUGGGAGGCUGCAGCACCUGUGGGGUUUGCUCCCAGCGCACAAAGGUCACCAAGGAGCCCAACCUGCUGCGGGUGGAGAUUCACAACCCGGUGCUGGAGGACGAGGGCGAGUACCUGUGCAGGGCCAGCAAUACCCUGGGCAAUGCCUCAGCCUCAGCCACCUUCAAUGCCCAGGCCACUGUCCUGGUCAUUGCCCCGUCCAACUCCCUGGAGGAAGGCACAGAGGCCAAUCUGACUUGCAGUGUGAGCCGGGAAGCUGCUGACGUCCCUGCCAACUUCUCCUGGUUCCAGAAUGGGGUGCUGUGGGCUCAGGGUCCCCAGGAGACCAUAAGGCUACCGUCCGUGGCCAGGACUGACGCCGCCCUGUAUGCCUGUCAGCUCAUCACCGAGGCUACCACCCAGCCCUCGGCACCUGUGGUCCUGAAUGUGCUCUAUCCCCCGGAUCCUCCGAAGCUGUCAUCCCUCCUGGACAUGGGCCAGGGCCACAUGGCCAUGUUCAUCUGCACUGUGGACAGUCACCCUCUGGCUCAGCUGUCCCUAUUCCAUGGGGAGCGCCUCCUGGCCACCAGCCUUAGACCCCAGCCCCAAUCCCAUGGUAGGCUCCAGGCCAAGGCCACCCCCAACUUCCUGCAGCUGGAGGUCCGAGAACUGGCUAUUGGGGACUCUGGUCACUAUCACUGUGAGGCCACAAAUGUUCUGGGGUCAGCCAACACCUCACUCUUCUUCCAUGUCCGAGGAGCCUGGGUCCAAGUCUCACCAUCCCCUGAGCUGCAGGAGGGCCAGGCUGUGGUGCUGAGCUGCCAAGUGCCCACAGGCAUCUCUCAGGAGGCUUCGUACCUCUGGUUUCGGGAUGGCCGGCCCCUCCAUGAGUUGACCUCGGCUACACUGCGCAUUCCAGCCAUAACUCUGAAGCAAGCUGGUGCCUACCACUGCCAAGUUCAGGCCCCAGGCUCUGCUAUCACCUUGGCUGCCCCAGUCAGCCUGCAUGUGUCCUAUGCCCCACGCCAGGUCAAGCUCACCACCUUGAUGGACGCAGGCCCAGGGCGACUGGGCCUUAUCCUAUGCCAUGUGGAAAGUGACCCUCCAUCCCAGCUGCGGCUGCUCCACGGGGACCACCUGGUAGCCUCUACCCUGCAAGCUGUGGGAGAAGCUGCAGGCCACAAUGCCCAGCUGCAGGUAUCUGUGACCCCUAAUGCACUGCGCCUGGAGAUCCACAACACAGUGCUGGAAGAUGAGGGCGUCUACACCUGUGAGGCCACCAACACCCUGGGCCAGGCCUCCGCUUCAGCUGACUUCGAUGCCCAGGCCGUGAGAGUGCAAGUAUGGCCCAAGCCCACUGUGCAGGAGGGGCAGCAGGUAAACCUUACCUGCCUUGUGUGGGCCACCCACCCAGCCCAGCUCACCUACACAUGGUACCAAGAUGGACAACAGCGCCCAGGUGCCCGCUCCAUCUCCCUGCCCAACGUCACGCUCACCGAUGCUGCCUCCUAUCGCUGUGGUGUGGGGUCUGCUGGCCAGGUUCCCCGCCUCUCUGCACCUGUCACCCUGGAUAUCCUCUAUGCACCCCGAAACCUACAUCUGACCUACCUCCUGGAGCGCCAUGCCAGGCAGCUGGCUUUGGUGCUGUGCACGGUGGAUAGCCACCCACCUGCCCAGCUGACCCUCAGCCAUGCGGGUCGCCUCCUGGCCUCCUCAUCCACAGCCUCUGUCCCCAACACCCUGCGCCUGGAGCUAAAGGAGCCACAGCCCAGUGACGAGGGACUGUACAGCUGCUCAGCCCACAGCCCUCUGGGCCAGACUAAUGCGUCCAUGGAACUGCGGCUGGAGGGUGUACGGGUGACACUGGCUCCAUCAGCUGCUGUCCCUGAGGGAACCUCCAUAACAGUGACCUGUGAGGACCCUGCUGCACGCCCACCCACACUUUAUGCCUGGUACCACAAUGGCCGCUGGAUGCAAGAAGGGACGGCUGCCUCACUUACGUUCCUGAGGGCCACACGGGCUCACACAGGCGCCUACUCCUGCCAAGUCCACGACGCCCAGGGCACACGAAGCUCCCGGCCCACCUCCCUACAAGUCCUCUAUCCCCCCAGGGAUGCUGUCCUUUCUUCCUUCCGUGACUCCAGAACCAGCCCCAUGGCCAUGGUACAGUGCACUGUGGAUAGUGAGCCACCCGCCGAGCUGGCACUGACCCACAAUGGCACUGUGCUAGCUACUAGCCAUGGGCUCCACGGCUCAGCAUCUGGGACUAGUCACAUCCAGGUGGCCCGUAAUGCCCUGCGGCUGCAGGUGCCAGAUAAGCCAGCAGGUGACGACGACAUCUAUGUUUGCACAGCCCAAAAUGUGCUGGGUUCAACUAGGACCACCUGGCAGCUGCGGAUGGAAGGUGUGAGUGUGGUGGCCAAGCCAGGCCUGGAGGUGCCCGAGGGCUCUGCACUGAACCUGAGCUGCCACCUCCCUCAUUCUCCUGGGUCCAUGGGCAACUCCACCUUUGCAUGGUUCUGGAAUGGCCGGCUGCUGCACAUGCAUCCAGUGCCCACUCUUGCCUUCAGCCAUGUGGGCCGUGCCCAGGCUGGACUGUACUACUGCCGGGCAGAGCUGCCCUCUGGUGCCUCUGUCUCUGCUCCUGUCAUGCUCCGAGUGCUCUACCCUCCCAAGACACCUACCAUGACAGUCUUUGUGGAGCCUGAGGGUGGCCUCCGGGGCAUCCUAGACUGCCGGGUGGACAGUGAACCCCUGGCCAGCCUGAUUCUCCGCCUUGGCAACAGAUUGGUGGCCUCCAGCCAGCCCCAGGGUGUUCCCACAGAGUCGCACAUCCAAGUCUCAGCCUCCCCCAACGGCCUGAGGGUGGACAUGGAGCUGCUAAGGCCCAGCGACCAGGGAGAAUAUGUGUGCUUCGCCUCCAAUAGCCUGGGCUCAGCUUCUGCCUCUGCCUACUUUGGGGUCUCAGCCCUGCACCAGCUGCAUUUGCUCCAGUGUCUCCUUUGGGUGCUGGGACUGCUGGCCGCCUUACUGUGCUUGCUGUUGGGCCUGGGGGCCUACUGUGUAUGGAGGAAGCGUUCCAGACAUUUGAGCCUAGGCAGGAAUUUGGAGAUGAACUUCUCCGAGGGACAUGGGGACAUGCAGGAGGAGGAGGAGGAUACUGAUGAACCAGGCACUGUGAAGCAGGCAGCGCUGGGUCCUGGCCACGUCUUUGCAAAAGACAUGGUGACAUCUGACUUCUGAAGACUUGGCUGCAACUCUUUUAUGGUGGUAAGAGGUGAAGAAAGGCUUCGUCCACCCAGGAGGGUGCUGAUUCCAGGGAAUCCUCAAGAAAACUGAGUUGAUUGUGUCAUUUACUUGUGUCUGUGCCUGUCUUUCCUCUGGACCUCCUCCCUUCGCCAUCUCUCUUCCAAAGGAGGCACUGCAAAACACAAGGCUGUCUGUGUCUUCACAGCCUUGCCGAGCACUCUGUGCCUGACAGUGUAUGAACAGGCCAGGCUUCUGUAACAUGAUACCAAAUACAGUGGCUUCAACAUGGA